UUGAACAUGAGAGAUGAGAAGCUAGGCGUGAGAUGAGAGCCGGCUUCUCUUACAAGCCCGCGCCCCGCCCAGCCCAAAUCCCAGACGCACGCACGCGCGCGCGCGCGCACUCUCUCUCUCUCUCUCUCUGCAAUUCGUGACUAUUCCCAUUGGAUUUACAGACUAGGGUUUCGUUUCUCCCAAUUAAAUUCAUAAUUUAUCUACUUACGCGACUCCACAGAUCUGCUUGAUCGACUCCCUGAUCGCGUCAGCUCCAACAGCCGUUAAUGGGCACAGCGCGGUGACUUUAUAUAUAGAACAAAUUGGGCGGUUUGCAAUAGCGAGACAAUGUCGUCAGGGGGGGCAGAGGUUAGGGGAAUGCUGGAAAAUCGUGCAGAAGAUGGUGUAAAACCUGACAAACAGUUGAUUGACACAAACCCUGAAAGUGGUAAAAAUAUUUCCACAGAUAAUGGGUUGCCCCCGUAUACUAGCGAUGCUCAGGACCAACUUGUACAAAUGGUUGUAGAACUCAAUUUCCAGAAGGAGUAUUUGAAUUCCCAGUUUGAAGGCUUGAAAAAUCUGGAACUAGAAUCUGGUGAGUCUAACCAACCGAUAGGGGCAAGUAAGCAAGAUGGUUGGGGAUCUGAAGACUUGAAAGAGCUCCAAGAUAAGAUAGAGUGUUUAAGUCGGGAACUUUUGGAAGAAAAACAAACACGAGGUGCUGCAGAGAAGGCUUUGGAGCAUCUUCGAGCUGUAUACUCAGAUGCAGAUGCAAAAGCCCAGGAGCUUUCUACCAAGCUUGCUGAAGCUCAACAGAAGAUGGAGCACGAAAUAAAAGAGCGUGAUGAGAAGUACUCAGAACUUGACUCCAAGUUCAAUAGGCUUCACAAACGAGCAAAACAGCGUAUUCAAGAUGUUCAGAAGGAAAAAGAUGAUCUCGAGGCCCAGUUUCGUGAGUUGAAGGAAAAAACUGAGCAAGCAUCAUAUCAACAAUCAGCAUUGCAGCACGAGAUGGAGCGCACUCGGCAACAAGCAAAUGAAGCAUUGAAAGCCAUGGAUGCUGACAGGCAACAAUUACGAAGUGCAAAUAAUAAGCUGCGAGAUAAAAUUGAAGAACUGCGCCGUUCAUUGGAACCCAAAGAAAAUGCUCUUGAGUCUUUACAGCAGUCCCUUUUGGAGAAAGAUCAGAUGCUGGAAGACAUUCAAGGUUUACUGAAAAUGGCAGAUGAGAAAAAACAAGCUGCAGUAUCCGAGCUCUCAGCUAAGCACCAGAAGCAAUUAGAGAGUUUGGAAGCCCAACUAGCUGAUGCAUUAGCUGAUAGAAGCAAAGCAACUGAAACCAUUUCCUUUUUACAGGGUGUGAUUGCUGAGAAAGAGUCUAAGAUUGCAGAGAUGGAUGCAGCUUCAAGUGGUAAAGCAGUACGGCUUAAAGCUGCUAUAGAAACUGUAAAGGGCGAUCUUGUGCACAUGAAAAAUGAGCAUGACAAAGAAAAGGAGAGUUGGGAAGCUACAACCCAAGCACUCAAAACAAAAUUGGAGAAAGCUGAAAGUACCUGCAUACAUGCUGAAAUUGAAGCAGCUAAACUGAGAAGUCAGCUGGAACUAGAAUUGUCUGUGCAAGCUCAGCUUCUAAGUACAAGAGAUGCUGAGCUUAAGGCUGCGAAAGAGGAGAUCAACCGCCUUGAAACUGAAUUUGCUUCUUACAAGGUUCGAGCUCAUACACUUUUACAGAGAAAGGAUGCAGAACUAGCUGCUGCUAAGGACAAUGAAAUUCUCAAAGCACAAGAGGAAGCAUUAAAAGAGGCUGAGAAAGAAUUAAUGUCAGUAUCUGCUGAAAGAGAUAAGGCCCUUAAAGAUCUUCAGGAUGCUGUUGUUAAUUUUGAUAAGGAACUUGCUGCAAGAGAUGCAGCUCUUAGCACUGCAAAGCAGCAAAUAGAGAGCAUGGAAACAAAACUUAAUUCUGCUAAUGCUCGCCACCAAUCUGAGAAAGAAAAAUGGGAAAUAAACCUCCAAAAUUUGGAGGAAACUUGGCAAUUGAGGUGUGAAGCAAUGAAAGUUCAGAAGGAAGUGUCCCCAAGUCCAGAUCUACAAAAAGAACUAGAAGACUUUAAACUAUUGUACAAAAAGUUAAAGGAAGAGCAUGAUUCAUUUCGUGAUCUUGCUGAUAAAAUGAUCGAGGAGAAGGACAAUGAGAUCUCUAGACUUAUAAAUGAGAAUAAGAAACUGCAUAAGACAGUAGAGCUGAGACCACAGGCUGAUCCAAAUGAUAAUUAUGGCACAGCCCUUCAGAAAUAUGAUUUGGCUUAUUCAAGCACCUCAGCAGCAGAGCAGCAGAUUCUGCUUUUGGCAAGGCAACAAGCUCAAAGGGAGGAAGAGCUAGCACAAUCACAGCGGCACAUACUUGCACUUCAAGAGGAAAUUGAGGAGCUUGAACGUGAAAAUCGUCUUCACAGCCAACAGGAAGCCAUGCUGAAGGAAGAGUUCAGGAACAUGGAAAGAACGCAGAAGAGAGAAGGGGUAGAUAUGACAUAUCUUAAGAACGUAAUACUAAAGCUUCUUGAAACAGGUGAAGUGGAGGCUCUGCUACCUGUGGUUGGGAUGCUUCUUCAAUUCAGUCCUGAAGAGAUGCAGAAAUGUCAACAAGCUUACCGCAAUUUAACUGAUGUCCCACCGAGCACACCAAGUGAUGCUUCAGGAUCUGGUUUCUCUCUUUUUCCUAGAUUUUCAUUUUCUUGACGGCAGAAACAAAGGUGAAGGAGAACAUACUUCUACAAGCUGCAACAACAUUUGGCUAAUUGCCCAGAUGCUGAAAGCCCAAGAUAUAGGUGUCACUGUAUUCUUUCUGUAACAAUAAGCUUAUAUUAUAGUUGAGACAUUGUUGAGAUAUUUGUCAUAGAGGGGUUUUGAGUUGGCAGUAUGACAAGAUUUUGAGUUGCUGUCUGGGAGCACUGUAAAGGCGUCAUAGAGGUUUUUCUGUUUUCCCUUUUUAUUUUUCCAGUGAAAUUUGGCUUCAGGUGAAAAAAAAAAAAGAAAAAGCGGCUCGUUUGAAUUUGUUGUAAUGAAAUUUCUUGUAGUUUCUUACCGUUAAUAUCCAAUCAUUACGGGGAUUGAAGCCUAAAGGAUCUCCAUUUGCA